CCUCGCGGGGACCAGUCGCUGCGGCCGCGGUCGCCGGGGCAGAGGCGGAGCGAAGCGGGCGAUGGAGACCGCGCUGCCGCGCUCCCAGAGCUGCUGAACCCACCGCCGUCCCCGGCCCGGCCACACUUACUUUGCAAAAGUGAAUUUGGAAGCAGUUUGCUUAAAGAGAGUUGGCGUAGCGUCCAGGGAGGCAACGGCUACACCAUGAAGCACUUCGUGAGGAUGUUGAUCCAGGUGUGCCUAUAUUUCUACUGUAAGUUUUUGUGGCGCUGCAUGAAGUUUGUGAUGCGGAAGCUCACGGGAAGGUGUGAACUGCAGAGGAUUUGCUACAGCACCAAACCUGGAGCUUCUAGAACCAUGAAAAUUGAAACGUCACUGAGGGAUUCAAAAAGUAAGCUGUUGCAGACAUCAGUGAGCGUUCACCCAGAUGCAAUCGAAAAGACUAUUGAUGACAUCAUGGAACUGAAAAAGAUUAACCCUGACAUCAAUCCACAGUUGGGGAUCUCCCUCCAGGCUUGCCUUCUGCAGAUUGUGGGAUACAGGAACCUCAUUGCAGAUGUGGAAAAGCUGCGCAGGGAACCCUAUGAUUCUGACAACCCUCAGCAUGAAGAGAUGCUUUUGAAGCUAUGGGAGUUCCUGAAGCCCAACACCCCACUGGAGUCUCGGAUUUCUAAGCAGUGGUGUGAGAUUGGUUUCCAAGGUGACGAUCCGAAAACCGAUUUCCGAGGAAUGGGUCUUCUGGGGCUUUACAAUCUACAGUAUUUCGCAGAGCGGGACGCCACGGUAGCUCAGCAGGUCCUCUCCGACUCUGUUCAUCCGAAAUGCAGCAAAUUCAGCAAGACAGAUUGGGAAAAGAAAAGGAUGGACAAAGCAAUCGGGUACUCCUUUGCAAUCGUGGGCAUCAACAUCACUGAUCUGGCAUAUAAUCUGCUCGUGAGUGGUGCCCUGAAAACACACUUCUACAACAUCGCCCCCGAAGCGCCAACGCUGACUCACUUCCAACAAACGUUCUGCUAUUUGAUGCACGAGUUUCACAAGUUUUGGAUUGAGGAGGACCCCAUGGACAUAAUGGAAUUUAAUCGCGUGCGGGAGAAAUUCCGCAAGAGGAUCCUAAAGCAGCUGCAGAACCCCAACAUGGCGUUGUGCCCACAUUUUGCUGCAUCUGAAGGUUUAAUCAACAUGUAGUGCCCGCAUUGGUUUCAAUGGAUACCCCAGAACACUGCCUCAUUGUCGUCUUAGGUCUCUGCUUAGGUGACAGCUCAUACACCUAAUGCACAUAGUGAUUAUAUAUACAUAUAUAUGUAUGUAUAUGUAUAUAUAUAUAUGCAUGCAUUUUGGUACAGUAUUUUCAUCUCUUGGUCAUAAUUCCAAGAUUCCCCUCCCCCCAUAAAUACCACUACUUCUGGAGUGUCUACCCUCCAGGGACUGCUUAUACUGUGGCAUUGUGCACUGUUAGCAUCUGUCCUUGACGCCCGGGUUUGAAGAAACUUUUCUAUUUUUUUAGAUUUAUUUUCUCCCCGCCCCCCAUCAUUCAAUACUAAGAAUGUGUAAUAAUUCUCUAGCUGUAAUUUGUAUGUAAGAGAUUUAACUGAAUCUCAUUCUGUGUUCAUAUUUAUUGAGAUGUUUCUCAAAGACUGCUGCUGCUAGCUUCUCAAGCUGGGUUCAUGCUUGGACCUCAUUCUGGUAAAGUGUAAGACUUUAAAAAUAACACAGACACAUGAUAAGCCAAACUCCUCCUGCACAUAGAGCUGCACUUCACCAAAAUGUAAUGAGGCUAUAAGAAAUUAGCUUAACUAGGAGCCAUCCUUGUGUGAAAUCCUGCAGAACUAUAGCCUAACUUAACCACAGUGGCAACUGUAUCGCAGUCAUCGGGAUAGAAAAUUAUUUUAUUCCCAUCACUUCAUGGCUUGGAUGUCUAAAUAUGUGUAUGAUGCUUGGAGCCCCAGAAAAGAAGCCAUAUCUUUCCAAGGCUGCAAAGGGUUUCCUCACUGCCUGCCUCCUGCUGAACCCAGAAUUAGUCCUUAGCACUCCCCAGAUCUGAGCCUCCUUGCUUAGGGGACUAAGUGCUCACUGGUUUGUUUUCUAUGUUGAGGGGCAAUAAUUUAAUUUCUUUUUGCAAGGAAACGUGUUACAACACAGGAACCUAAGCAAUGAUACCAUGCAAUGAUUCUUAAAAUUAGCAUCCUUAUAUCACUGGAAGAAGUUGCUUGGAAGAAGAAAAACAAAAUCAUCCUCAAACUGCUAAGAAUCAUCUUCUUAAAAAUGACUUAGUUUGGAAUUAUGACUGUAGCCUGCUGAAUAGUAUUUACCAUGGUAUUUCAUACCCAUGGUAUUUUAUACUUUGGGACUAUCGAUUUUAGUAUUAUUAGAUGUUUGUGUAAUCACUUGCUUAUUUAAAUGAAUUUUGAGUACUGCCUAAUUGUCAGUAUAUGAAUAAAUCACAUAUCAUUCUA